UCCUUCUUUCUCUUCACCACUUUCAUCUCCCCCAACAUUCUUCCAAAGCUUCAUCACUUUUUUAUCUCAUUCUUUUCCUUUUCUCUCGCUCCCAAGAACACGACAAACAAAGAGCACCAAUGGAUCAAUUGGAAUCAUGUGUGCCACCCGGCUUUAGGUUUCACCCAACAGAAGAAGAACUCGUGGGCUACUACCUCAACCGAAAGAUUAACUCUUUGAAAAUUGAUCUAGAUGUUAUCAUUGACAUUGACCUCUACAAAAUGGAGCCAUGGGACAUUCAAGCGAGAUGUAAUCUAGGUUAUGAUGAACAGAAGGAGUGGUACUUCUUCAGUCACAAAGACAGGAAGUACCCGACGGGCACUCGAACGAAUAGAGCCACUGCUGCUGGAUUUUGGAAGGCGACAGGAAGAGACAAGGCAGUGCUUUCCAAGAACAAAUUGAUUGGAAUGAGGAAGACGCUUGUGUUCUACAAUGGACGUGCACCAAAUGGAAGGAAAACCGAUUGGAUCAUGCAUGAAUAUCGACUUCAAACUUCUGAAAAUGAACCUCCUCAGGAAGAAGGAUGGGUGGUGUGUAGGGCAUUCAAAAAGCCAAGCCCUAAUCAAAGGCAAGGCUAUGAAGGUUGGAACCAAGCUUACUAUCUCAGACCUCCAUCAUCAUCAUCAUCAUCAAAUUCUCAUAAUCUUAUGCUUAAUCUCCAUCCCAAUCAACCCACAACAAAUGUUCAUCAACAACCCUUUGCUUCUUCUGACCUAGAUCAAUGUCUUCCCAUUAAUAAUCCAACUUUUUUGGAUAAUCAACUCAUUGAACUUCCUCAACUCGACAGCCCUACUCUUUCAACUAGUUUCGCAACAAAAGAUCAAGGCCACCUGCAACAUAACAACAACUUUUUAACCAAUGAAGAUUUUGGUGAAGUAGAAAAGAGCAACAACAAUGGAGAAUACACUAACAUUGACUGGAAAAUUUUCGAUACUUUACUUGCUUCACAAUUGGUUCCCUUCCCAACAUUGCCAUCUUUGACUCAGAAUAACAAUUUUAAGCUCGAAGCUCAAUCGAGUGUUAGCCAUAUUCUAGGAUGUCUGCAUGAGUUGUAACAAUUAAAAGCCUUAAUUUUGUGGUUAAUUAUUUCAGCAUACGAGAUGGAUGAUGAAUCAUCUUGGUUAUAAAUAAUCAAGAGUAAUUAGACUUAAGAUUUUAAGUUUCCCUUUUUAGAAGUUGUUUAAGAUGUUGAAGUGUGUUUACAUUAUUCCAAAAAAUGGGUUGAAAGUUUAAUUAAUGUAGGUGAAAGUUUUAAAAUCACCUCUUUAAUUAUGAACUUGUUCGUGAAAUUGUAAAUAUGUGCCACUCGUGCAUGCAUAUUUACUAAUUAAUUAUAAGCCUUUUCCAU